AACUUUAAAUCCACCGAGAUUUGCUUUAGUAGUUCUUCAAAACGACACGCAUGGUCCCACUCAUUUCAAAACCAAACCCCACUACGCAAAUUGCAAAGCUCUCUUCUUUUGCCCAAAACUCUCGCUUUCACUUUUUUUUUUUUCACACAUCAAAAACUUAACUUUAUUUUUCUCCUAUUUAACCCAUAACCAUUACACAUUUCCAAAUUUCCUUUCAUUGAUCACAUAACCCAUGCCAAAUCUACCACCUCUUCCUCCUCCACCGCAGUUGCAACCGUCCGAAACGCCGCCAUGGGAGACACCAUCUUCUGUAUGGUAUACUCCAAGAACCACCCCAUGGAGAACACCACAAAGUACGCUGUCAACACCAGUUAGCCAAGUGGUCUUAACAAAGCCAGCAACGGUUAGAUUCAACAGUCUUGAUACAGAGGCGAGGAAAGAUGCAGAUAGGGUGAUUCUCCGGCAGCCACGGAAUAGCAAGACUAGUCUGUGGAUAUGGUGUGUUGCCGGUUUAUGUUUUGUGUUCAGCCUUUUACUUAUCUUCCUUGGGAUUGCUACGUUGAUUGUGUUUCUUGCGAUAAGACCAAGAACGCCUGUUUUUGACAUCCCCAACGCCAACCUACACACGAUCUACUUUGACUCUCCACUGUUUUUCAACGGCGAUUUGUCCAUGUUGGUGAAUUUUACCAACCCUAAUAAGAAGAUUGAAGUGAGGUUUGAAAAGCUUGGAAUUGAGCUCUUCUUCUUCAAUAGGUUGAUUGCACAGCAAGUGGUUCAGCCAUUCUCUCAGAAAAAGCGCGAGACGAGGUUGGAACCAAUCCAUUUGAUCUCUAGUUUGGUAUGCUUGCCUGUAAACCACGCAGUGGAACUCAGGAGACAGGUGCAAAACAACAAGAUAGAAUAUGAAAUUAGAGGUACCUUCAAAGUCAGAGCUCAUUUUGGAAUGAUUCAUUACUCUUAUCUGCUACACGGGAGGUGCCAACUUCAGAUGACCGGUCCACCAACCGGAAUCCUGAUAUCUCGUAGCUGCACGACGAAGAAACAAUGAAGAAGACGAUAUGGUUCUCUGAGUCAGAAGUCAUCUUCAAAGUCUCUAGUUUGGCAUGUUCUGCAACUGUAUCUCUAUUUGCUUGCCCACAAAUUGUAUAAAAGAACAAGACCUAGUGAACUCUAUCCAAGAACAGAGAUCGGAGUUUGUACUAUUUCCAAGAUAAAGAAACUGGAAAGAUAUUAUCUUUCUACGCAACAGAUUCAUAAUUGAUCCAUUAGACACAGUGCCAAGAACAGUGUUGUAUUUUAAUACAGUUCAACAUACCUGAACCACCAUAGAAAAGAUUUAAGACCAAAAGCAAAAGAGGUACAAGCAUUAGAUUCCUAUGUUGGUUCCCUUUACUUAAAGUAAUCAAAAACACACAAGAUAAUAAAGAGGAAGCUUACCCAUU